ACGUAACAUGCAUGGCGAUCCAUAUUAAUGGCUUCUUCAUCCCACUUGCUUAUUAGUUUUUACAACUCCGAUGAUUCAUUAUCUACUAUAUAAGGCAACGUUAGUUCUAGAGGCUGAGACAUCCCAAGAAAAACAAGACUGAUAGAAAUUACAAGAUAUGAAACUCAAGGGUGUUACAUGUUUGAUUCUUUCUUUAAUUUUGCUUCAUUGGGCUGUGGAGUGUGUUCUUGGGGAUGGAUCUGUGGUGGAUCCUGCGAGGUAUAGGGGCGAUGAUUGUAGAUGGGGCCGGAGGUGUGGCGGACGUGGCCGGUUUGGACGUGGUGGCGGUUUAGGGGGCGGAGGUGGUGGAGGUUUCGGAGGAGGUGGAGGUAGAGGUGGUGGUGGCGGUAUUGGCGGCGGUGCAGGACACGGUGGAGGUUUUGGAGCCGGAGGUGGAGUUGGAGGAGGAGCAGGAGGGGGAAUUGGGGGUGGAGGUGGAGCCGGUGGCGGCGGCGGAGGAGGUAUUGGUGGUGGCUCAGGUCAUGGGGGAGGAUUUGGAGCUGGAGGAGGAGUUGGUGGCGGAGCUGGUGGGGGAAUUGGUGGUGGAGGUGGAGCUGGUGGCGGUGGAGGAGGAGGUGUUGGUGGUGGCUCAGGUCAUGGGGGAGGAUUUGGAGCUGGAGGAGGAGUUGGUGGUGGAGCCGGUGGAGGAGUCGGUGGUGGAGGUGGAGCUGGUGGUGGUGGGGGAGGAGGUGUUGGCGGCGGUUCUGGUCACGGAGGUGGGUUUGGAGCCGGUGGAGGUGUAGGUGGUGGGGCUGGUGCAGGCGGAGGAGUUGGUGGUGGUGGAGGAGCUGGCGGGGGUGGAGGCGGUGGUGUCGGUGGAGGAUCUGGACACGGUGGAGGAUUCGGAGCUGGAGGAGGAGUUGGUGGUGUGGGAGGACUUGGUGGAGGAGGUGGAGGAGGUGGAGGCGGUGGUGGUGGUGGAGGGGGUGGUGCUGGUGGUGGAUCAGGUCACGGCGGUGGUUUUGGAGCUGGAGGAGGAGUUGGGGGUGGAGCCGGAGGAGGUGUUGGGGGAGGCGGUGGAUUUGGUGGUGGUGGAGGAGGCGGAGUGGGUGGUGGAUCUGGACAUGGUAGUGGAUUUGGUGCUGGAGGAGGCGUUGGACACGGUGGUGGUGCUGGUGGUGGAGCGGGUGGAGGUCAUGGGAUAGGACAUGGUGGAGGAGGAGGCUUUGGGAUUGGAAUAGGAAUAGGUGUUGGGGUUGGUGGAGGCUCCGGUAAAGGUUCUGGAAGCGGAAGCGGUGGUGGCGGCCACCGUUAAUCCGAGCUCUUAUUCACAUUUUCACGUUGUAGUACUACUAUGUACUUGUUUGGUUCUACUUCUCUUGUCCUGCUUAAGAAGCAGAAACAAAAUGUAUGAUACAUCAUUGUUCAUUUCAGGAUGUGUGUUUCUUCUAUUUUUGUGUAAGAAUGUUUUGGGA